UCCGGACCAGAUGGCCGUCUCGCGCCGGUAUCAACGCAGCGGACGAGACCGGCACCAGUACAAUGCUAUUGGCGCUUCCCGUUUCUUGCCAACUCCCUCAUCAUUGUCUGAUCAUUGCUUCUCCCCAACUUGGGUCUCUUUCGGACGGACGGUUUUUUUCCUUAUUCGUACAGCGAGCGUCACGCCUACGUGGUGAGCGAUGCGCUACAUCAUCGUAGAUGCAUUCUUGGAGAGGGAGAGGCAAAUACAAAAUGGAAUGAGCGAAUCUCAACUCAACGUCUUCGAGAAAUGCAGAGCUCCGCGGAUGGACUAUUGCAUAUUAUCGCAUCGCUGGACGACAGAGGUAACCUACGAAGAAAUGGAGAGCCUCACAAAAAUAGAGAACAAGAAUGAGAUACGCAGCCGGAGCGGUUAUCAAAAAAUCCUUAGGUGCUGCGAGCGGACCCAGUGCGACGGUCUUGGGCUACUGUGGAUCGAUACGUGCUGUGUCGACUUUUCGAACGUUCCGGAGACCUCCGAUGUCAUCAAUUCUAUGUUCCAGUUGUACCAGAACUCGAAAUAUUGCUAUGCUUACCUCCAUGACACUUCUGUCUUUCCGACAAGACGCGACGACAAGAUGUUCGGAAGGUUCGAUGGAUGGCCGGAGUGGUUCUCACGGGGCUGGACACUGCAGGAAUUGAUAGCUCCGGAAAAUCUUCGAUUUUUCAACAAGGACUGGGAGUACGUCGGCGAUAAGCGAAGUUUGGCACCCAAGUUGGCGGAAAUCACAAAAGUUCCAGUCCGUGUUUUGAGGGAUGGUCUCUCUUCAUACCAUCCUAGCGCCGCUCAAGUUAUAUCCUGGGCUGCUGACAGGAGGACUUUAUGCGUCGAGGACCGAGCAUACUCAUUGCUAGGUCUAUUGGACGUCAACAUGCCGGUAUUAUAUGGGGAGGGAAAGAGAGCAUUCCUUCGUCUUCAGCUAGAGGUUAUGCGGAUGUCAAACGACCAGAGUAUCUUCGCAUGGAAGCACAGCGUGACCUGCAGUGUCCGGUGGACCGGCGGUGUGUUAGCUGAUGAUCCGAUCUUCUUCAGAGAUUGUCACGACGUCAUCAAGAUGGAACCGAAGGAAUUCUAUGAAGGGCUUUCACUUUUGUGGGAGUCAGAUGCAAAAGGACUCGUCACCAGCCAAGGAGACGAAGGAAUUCCCGCAUUCAUCGUUACCAAUGGAGCGAUCCAGAUACGUCUUCCCCUUUUACCUUACUACGGCUGUCCGUCAGUCUUCUUAGCGGCAUUGGCGUGUCGCAAGGAAAAUGACCCACUGCCAGUGACCAUUGGGUUAGCAAGCUUUGCAUCCAACUAUUAUAGAUAUUCCGGUGCAACUGGACCCCUGCAACUACUUCCCCAGUACCGACAACUCUCUCUGGCAUAUCGAGGACAAAGGUCUCAGGCCAUCACAUUCAAGCUCGAUGACAGGAUGGUCCCAUAUUAUGGUUUCACUCGCACUGAUGUGCUCCCAGACGGGGAGUCACUUGCAGGCAAUUCCCUCAGACUGUCGGACACCAGCCCUCUUGCGAUAGUAAGCUAUGUCAAUAGCGCCGUCAAUUCUUCCUUCGCUAUCGCAUUCGGUUUCUGCUUUGGUCAGGACUGGGUACACAUUAUUUGCGACGAACAUGAAGCGAUCGAUGUAGAGAAGGUGCAUCGCAGAGUAUGGAAUACAGGCGCAGAAUAUGCCCGUGUUAUGUCUGAAGUGCGCUUUGGUAAAAGGGGCCGGCCUCACUACGCGAAACAUGAGCCACUCCCUUGUACCAUUUGGACUGUGAAAGUUAUUUGUGGAGGACUUGAGGAUUCGAGCGAUCGCAGAGUUACAGUCGACGUUAUUCCACUCCCAGGAGGUCAUUGGAAGACGCACGAGUGGGAGCCUGUAUAUGAUAUUGAAGAUAAUAUCCAUAUGCCCUGCCUCAUGAAAAAGACAUCUUGGAUCGGUGGACGCUUUGACAACCACACACUGCUAGUUGGACUCGAUUCCCAAGGUGUUUGACCUUGCUCAUGCUCUGCAAGUGGUUGAGUUAGGCGACUAUGGCAUUAUCACAUCCGAUACCAACGGCAUGGGCCACUUUGAACAUCGAGGCAACAUCUUUGAUGACUUCAAGUCACACGCUCAUGAACUUGGCAUAGACCCGGAUGAUCCAGACCUCAUGCCUGUGGUGCACACGGUUCAUGCUCCUUACGAAGGUAG